AUAGGGAAGUGUUGUGCGUCACACAGUCACUUACUGCUUAAAGACAUUCCAGCCUCGGCUCAGAAAUUGAGUUUUUCCAUAAUUCUCCAAUGAAACUCCUGCUUUUAGCUGCAUGGCUUUCAAGUGUGCUGGAUCCAUGCAGAUUAUCUGACAUAUGCCAGUCCUGUCACCAGCAUGCCAGUUGUCGUCUAAAUGAUGACUCCAAACAUGCCUGCUUCUGCAAAAAUGGGCUCACUGGUGAUGGAAUCAACAAUUGCCAGGAUGACAAUGAGUGUGAGAAUGUAACAGGGAUAUGUGGCCCAAACGCCAACUGCACAAACACUGAUGGAGGUUAUUACUGCACUUGUGUUUCUGGCUUCACUUCAAAUGGGCAGCAACAAUUUCAAACUAAUGACGGGACCCACUGCAAAGAUAUUGAUGAGUGCAUGGAUGCUGGUAGAUGUGGUCCCUUCUCUAAAUGCCACAACAAAAACGGGUCAUUCAUCUGCUCAUGUCUGAGAGGUUAUACAUCUCAAGCAGGACCCUGGUUCAAGCCCAGCAGAGGGACAGACUGCACAGAAAACCCAAGGAAGCACUGCCAUCAGGACCACAGGUGUAUUUCAGAGGCUGUGAACAACACACUGGAAACAAUGAUUAAUCUGUCAACUCCAGAGCGCCUGAGGGAGAUAAGACAUCAAACAUCAGCUGACCUCUCUCCAGUUCAACUCAUAUCAUACAUCGAGGCUAUGGCCAGUUGUAAACUGAGUGCUGCAGAUGAGCUUGAACAACAUGAGGAACACAUAAAUGAAACUAUCAAGGAUUUGGUUUUUAGUGUGAAUAAUUUGGUGGAGAGUAAUGAAAAAGUGGAAUGGGACAGAAUAAAGGAGGAUUUAAGGAAGUAUUAUCUUACCACACUGCUUCAUACAGCAGAGAAGCAAACGCUAGCCCUGUCUGCAGCAUACACGUACUCUGUGCAGAUGCAGGUGGACGCUGGUGAUGUAGAAAUGAAACUAUUCACAUUUGAACCCCACCAAGCGCACAAGCAUCCAGUUUCAGCCAACAUGCAAGGAAACUUUAUUUCAUUGACUCCUAAGAACGCAAAUGAUGAAAGGGAAAAUAGGAGCACCUCCAUUGUAUUUCUCAUCUAUAACAGUAUUGGGGGUCUUCUGAAGCCCACUGAUGACCCUGGUGUCACUGACUACUCUCGAUAUGCUGCAGCUGGUGAAAUUACAGUUAAUUCACCAGUAUUAGCUGCUGUCAUCAGUAACCCAAAGACAUUCACCCUGAGCAAUGUGACCUUCACUCUCAAACACACAGAGGAAAUAGACCCUGUCCGUGAUGAAACAAAGUGUGCAUUCUGGGAGUAUUCCCAGAGCAUGACACUGGAGGGACACUGGAGUUUGGACGGGUGUAAACGAACCCAUGUGAACGCCACACACACUGCCUGUUCUUGUAAUCACCUGACACACUUUGCUAUCCUCAUGUCCUCAGCUCAGGCCAAUUUGAUUGCGCACUAUAAUGUUCUGACGAGGAUAACGCAGCUUGGAAUGGUUAUCUCCCUUAUCUGUCUAUCCAUGUGUAUCUUCACCUUCUGGUUCUUCCGAGACAUCCAGAACACCAGAACUACGAUCCACAAGAACCUGUGCUGCAGCCUCUUCAUGGCCCAGUUCAUCUUCCUCAUCGGCAUCAAUAAGUUUGCACACAAGUGGUUCUGUUCACUUAUUGCGGGCCUGCUUCAUUAUUUCUUCUUGGCUGCAUUUGCGUGGAUGUGCAUUGAGGGAAUUCAUUUAUAUCUGAUCGUUGUUGGCGUCAUCUAUAACAAAGGUUUCCUCCACCGGAACUUCUACAUAUUUGGUUAUGGGAGCCCUGCUGUGGUCGUUGCCAUAUCUGCAACUCUUGGCUACAAAUAUUAUGGCACCAGUACUGUGUGUUGGCUGAGCACUGAAAAUAACUUCAUCUGGAGUUUCAUUGGACCAGCCUGUCUGAUCAUUCUGGUUAAUCUGCUUGCAUUUGUGGUGAUCAUCUUUAAGGUUUAUCGUCACACGGCAGUAAAGAAACCUGAAAUCAGUCACUAUGAAAAUAUCAGGUCUUGUGCAAGAGGAGCUAUUGCCCUCCUGUUUGUGCUAGGAGUUACCUGGACAUUUGGUGUUGUGCACAUCCUAUAUGAGACCACCUUCACAGCGUAUCUCUUUACCUUCGCCAACACGUUCCAAGGGAUGUUCAUUUUCAUAUUUCUUUGUGUUCUAUCCAGAAGGAUUCAAGAGGAGUACUACAGAUUAUUCAAGAAUGUUCCAUGUUGUUUUGAGUGUCUGCAAUGAACUUGAAAGUGUUAUUAUCUACAGCAAGCUCCUGCAAAUGCUUUUAAAUCUACACUGUAAAAGAUGUUGUCACCUAAAAAAUGUGCUUCAUGUGGUAACAUCUAAAUUUAGUUUAAUUCAAGUCAAAAAUGUUAUUUAAUCUGACAAAAUCAACCUGACACAUUGGGUUACACCAGCAAAAGUAAUUUUUUAUGGGUUAGUUAUAUUAUAAUUGCAAGUUACAGGUGUUUUGUUGUUGUUGUUGUUGUUGUUGUUUUCCAAUGAAAGCUCUACAAAAAUGUACUAUGGACAGAGGUGUCUUUUUAGACCUAGACCACUAAAGGAACAUGGUUUAAAAGAACUUCAACUGGUUAAGUUUCAAAUAUAUUUAUUUCUUGAGAGAAAUGUAUACUAAAUUGUAACCGCAUGCUCAAAAUGUCUAAAAGUUUCUAAAAACCUCUACAAGUUUAAUAACUAACUACAAUCAUUAGUUAAAGGUUUUACAUUCAAUAGCUGAAAUGUUUUCAACCUGGAGAGAUAAUUUAUAUGUACUUUAUUCUGGAAUAAUAAAAACAAUUCUGCCUUUAA